AUGGAGCAAUCCUCCGACGACAAACGCUCACAAACCGCCCAAAAUUCCACGGAAACAAGAGACCCUGCCUAUCUUUACCCCGAAACAUUUAGAGGCGACAACCUCACUUGGGCAAAAAAACUCAGAUCUCCGGUGCGCUCAAACGAGUGGUCUGCCUCGAUGCGAACGCCUGUACCCGCUGUGGUAGUAGAUUUGAGAAAACCAACUGCCUCCGACGACAGCGACAACAACGAUAGUGACGAUGAGGAUGAUGACGAGGAGGGGAAUGCUGAAGAGGAAAUCACAGAGUUAGACUCCUCAACCCCCAAAGCCUCUCAAUAUCCUUACCGUCCACGGGGUCCCCUUCCUACAUUCGCCAACGAAGAAGAAGAAGAAGAAGAAGAAGCACAGGGAGAGUAUCGCUAUAAUUAUCAUUGUCGAAAGAACUCAGUCUCAUCGACGAGAACAAUCAAACCUACAAAACAGUCAUCACAGCCAUCACAGGCAGAGCACCGUGAACAGGAUGUGCUUGAUGCUAUGAUCGAUGAAUUGUCGCGCAGUCAACGAGAGGAAAGCGAAUUGGGGUAUGAGGACGAUGUCGUCACAGAACGCGGCCUGUAUCUGAAGGCGGCGAGAAGUUUGAGGAAGGAACGGAGGAAGGCGAUGGAUUAUUUUGAUGAUGAUAAUGAUGGGAGAGGAAAGGGGGAGGGUGAUUCUUAG